AUGGCUUGGGAAAAUCAGUGGAGUGAGGAAGGCUUUAAGUUGAGUCACUCACUACCAGACCAUGAAGCAAAAUUCUUGGUGGCUGCUUGUGUUCACUGUGUUUCAAGGGCAGAAAAUAAGCCAGAAGCCCAGCACUCAUCACCCAAGAUUGUGGGGCAUCUUCUCCACAAACCCCAGUGGAGAUGCCCCCAAUCCCACCUGCCGUCUGUGAGUGGCUGCCUCACACUGCGGCCUGACAGCGGGGUAAGCGCCGGCUUCCUCUGUGACGUGGCUCUUUCGAGUUGCUCAUGUCAUAAGAAAGCAAACCAGAAUGAAACAAGUUUUGAGGGGAAAGUGGGGCCACGAGUCAUUAAACAAAACACCUUGACCAUGAGGCCGUUUGACCUGAGGGUCAGGACUUAUUCACCCGCUGCAUGGAGGAGGAGGCUUUCUUCAUGCUGUAGAGUUCUUGCGGAAAACAAGCCCAGGCUGCUAUUCCUUCUGGCCUUGCACUCGGCCGUCAUCAUCCUGCUCCUCCGACUCUCCAGCAGCAGCCCAAGCCCCGAGAAAGCCCGAGGGGUGCGGGUGCUGCUCCUGUCCUCGUGGCGCUCGGGCUCCUCCCUCGCGGGCCAGCUCUUCAGCCAGCACCCAGACGUCUUCUACCUGAUGGAACCCUGCUGGCACGUGUGGCUGGCCUUCCCCGGGAGCAGCGCGGCCACGCUGCGGCGGCCCGUGCUGGACUUGCUCCGCUCCGUCUUCCUCUGCGACCUGAGCGUCCUGGCGAGCUAUCUGGGCCCUGGCCCCAGAGGACAAGCGGACGUCUUCAUGUGGGAGACCAGCAGGGCCUUGUGCUCGCCCCCCGCCUGUGGCGCCUUCCGGCGCGGGGCCCUCGUGUCGGCCUCGGAAUGCCGGCCUCUGUGCAGGCGGCAGCCCUUCCGCGGCGUGGAGGAGGCCUGCCGCUCCCACAGUCACGUGGUGCUCAAGGAGGUUCGCGUCUUCAGCCUCCCGGGCCUCCUGCUGACCGACCCUGCGCUCGACCUGCGCGUGGUCCACCUGGUGCGUGACCCCCGGGCUGUGUUCUACUCCCGAGAGCGCGCGGGCGACAGACUGAGGCUGGACGACCGCACUUUGCUGGGCUGGCGGCGUUGGGGCGGCCUGAAGGCCCGGGAGCGGCCCUACUCCCUGAUGAGGGUGAUCUGCCAAAGCCAGCGGGAGAUCUUCGAGGCGGCACGGCGGCUAGCGGCUCCGCUGCGGGGGCGCUACCUGCUAGUGCGCUACGAGGACCUGGUCCGGGAGCCGCUGGCCCAGGCCUCCCGGCUGUACGAGUUCUCCCGGUUACAGUUCUGGCCCCCGCUCCAGGCCUGGGUGCAGUUCGUUACUCACGGGCAGGGAGUGGGAAACGACUCCUUCUACCCAGAUUCCCGGGACGGCCUCAACGUUUCCCGGGCUUGGCGCUGGUCGCUGCCCUACACAAAGGUGAGCCGGCUGCAGGCCGUCUGCGGCGACUUCAUGCGGCUGAUGGGCUACCGGCCAGCUCGCUCUGAGCAGGAGCUCAGGACUCUGUCGCUGGACCUGCUCUCCCCGCUGAGAUCCAAGGGCUCAGCCCCAGCUUUCCACAUAACAGCCCCCUGAGCUGCAGCUGCCUGGAGGCUUCGCAGCCUGCUAGAGCCUGUGGAUAAGUGUUACAGAUCUCCUAGCAGGGAACGACAUCCAUCAAAACGAGUUAGAUAGACGGAGCUCUUCCCCGAGAGGAAGCACCACGGAUGCAGACAACUUCCAGCCAUAUGCACCAAGCGUUUUCUCGUUAAAAUCUUUUUACAAGAAAUCCCCAAAAUAAACAAAAUUCAGGUAUCUAACCCUCGCUGAUCAAAUUUGUCUGCUGCCUUGGCAUUCGACCUCUAGGUCUUUGCCCAACUGUAGGAUGGAUUCCCUCUGACCCCUGCCUCCUAAGUCACAAGGCUCCUUCCACAUUCAUCCUGGGUGCCAUCUCUACCAGAAAGCAUUCUGUCCCUUAGGAGAAUAUACUUCCUCCCCCGGGGCUUGGCCUCUGCACCACUCCAGCACCUAGCAUAGAACAUGGAAGGGGUGCUCAGGAACUUCUCAUUGAAAUGAUCUGGACUGGAUGGAAGUGGAUGCAGGAGGACAAUCCCAUUUCUCUUCCGAGGGCCACAAAGACCAGAGUGGAGGCACUUACCUGAGGCCGCCCCCCUGUAGGGAGCAGAUCAGAUAUCUACAGCCAGGAUCCAGGUACCAUCAUGGCUCUGCCAUGCUGCACCUCCCGCUGGGGGUUCUCUGAAUCUUCCUUGAAUCUUGAAAAGGCAGCUUUUCACACCCAACUGUGGCUCUUUGUAGAAAAGGCGACCACUUUGUG